AUGGUUUUGGAGAACAUGGAAGGUGAAUCAGGCAGAAAUAUCCUGGGAUUGGAUACAACGAUGGGGACUACAGAUCCCAUCAUUCAGUUGACGAAGCUGGAGCUACAGCAAUUGAUGGAAGAAGCAGGAAGGAAGGCUAUCGUGGCAUACGAACGAAGGACCACCACACCCGUCGAAAGAGGCGGUCCGCGAAGGAAGCUAUUCGAGGAAAGAGAGCCAGAAAAGACACUGGGAACAGGCAGAAAGGAUCAGAACAAACGCCUACCCUCGGAGGUGGGUUCGAGUAGUCGAGAUAAGAGCCAAACUAGGGGACCUGCGAUCUCGCGUGCGGAGGUCGAGAGUGUAUCGAGGCAGAUCGUCAAUCUGGGGAAGCAAAUUGACGAAUUAAAAAAAAGGGGAGAGAUCGUGUCUCAACAUAGAAACUCGCCAUUCUGCAACCAAAUUCUAAUAGAGACCGUACCACCGAACUUCAGGAUGCCAGAUCUCACUAAAUAUGAUGGGACAAAAGAUCCAUUAGAACAUCUAGCAGCAUUUGAUAUGGUGAUGAACCUUUAUGGACAACCAGGCCCAAUUAACGCUAAAUUAUUUGUUACCACUUUGACAGGUAAAGCCCAAGAAUGGUUCGUCACUCUACCUCCGGGGAGCAUCGAGUCACACGAGCAGCUCACGCAAAAAUUUGCUUUCCACUUCGCCAGCAAACGGAAGCAAAAAAGGUCUACUACCCACCUAUUCACUAUCAGACAACAAGACAAUGAAGCACUAAAAAGUUUCAUGGGACAUUUCAACAAUGGGACGUUGGAAGUGCCAGAUUUAAGAAUCGACAUGAUGGUAAGCAUCCUGAUCCAUGGGUUAAAGAAGGGAGCAUUUGCAUCUGCAUUAGCACGCGACCCCCCAUCGGAUAUCGAGCAACUCAUGAACAUGGUCCAGAAGUACAUAGACGAAGAAGAAAUGAAUGCCUUGAAGGAUGGCGAAUGGAGAUCCGAGGAGGGUAGAGGUCGCAGGAUUUAUGAUAAGGAGGAGCGACGAUCGAGGCACGAACGGAACAGAGAACAAUACCAGCGUAAAUACCAGAAAUAUACACCCCUCAACACAACGAGGGCGAAGGCACUGCUUAUGCUAGAAAGAAAAGACGUGCUCAGAUGGCCGAAACCCACAAGGGUAACCCCAGCCAGGAAAAAUUCACAUAAGUAUUGCAGAUUCCACCGGAAACGAGGCCACGAUACCGACGAAUGCUACCAACUUAAAGACGAGAUAGAGCGUCUCAUCCGCCAGGGGUACUUCAGGGAUCUAAUAGCAAGAAAUUAUCAGGAUGGAAGUCGCAAAAGCAGAUCGCGGAGCCGAGAAAGGCGAGCAGGAAAUGGUAUAAGUACAGGGCAUAAUGUUCGCGAAAAUGCCCCUGUUAAGGGUGUUAUUCACUCGAUAGCUGGAGGACCUGACGAAGGGUAUUCAAAGCGAGCAAGGAAGAAGAUCGAACGAAGGAUGGCUAUAAUCACCGAUAGACAAAUCAUGAACGUAUCACCAGAAGUGGACAUUACCUUCGGGGCACAAGACGUGAAAGAAAAGAUGGGAGAUGACAAUGACCCAAUGGUAAUCAAAAUGGACAUCGCCAACUUCACGGUCCAUAAAGUUCUGGUGGACAAUGGGAGCUCGGCGGAUAUUAUCCUCCGAGAAGUAUUGACCAAAAUGGGCCUAGGUGACACCAGACUAGGCCCCGUGAGGUCACCACUGGUCGGCUUUGGAGGAGGCGAAGUGGAUUCAUUGGGAACAAUCGAGUUACCCGUUUCCAUUGGUGACGAACCGAGGAGGAAAACACUAAUGGUAAAAUUUCUCGUGGUUGAAACUCCUUUCGCUUAUAAUGUUAUUUUGGGUAGACCAGGGUUAAACAGUUUCAGGGCCAUUGUAUCUACAUACCACCUGAGGAUGAAGUUUCCCACCCCUGCCGGAAUAGGAGAGGUUGCCUGCGACCAGAAGGAAGCUCGACGAUGCUAUAAUCUCUCCAUGAAGAAAGAGACGGUGGAUAGGAAAAGGAAAUUUGAAGAAUCACUAGCGAACAAGAGCGAAGAGAGAAUAACACCUAUCGAUGAGCACAAAGAGAUCGAGCUAGUUCCAGGGGAUGCGUCGAAAACUACAAAAAUAGGUUCAAAGUUGGAAAGAGAACUCGAAACAAUGAUGAUUACCUUUUUGCGCAGCAACCUUGACAUGUUCGCAUGGAGUCCAUCAGAUUUUAAAGGAAUCAAUCCAGAAAUCAUCGGCUGA